UGUGUUGUGGUGUGUUCUCCGUGCGGCCACAAUCGCACGGCCUGAGAGCGGAGGCAACAAAAGAAAAGCAAAAGAAAAAAAAAAUACCCCGAGUGCAACCAACCACCACCGAUGGCGAACAAUGUACGGCGCCGCAGCAGCAGUGUGACUCAUGCGGCGGUCGAGAAUGUUGAAGUGAAAAAUCACGACAAAUUGUCCUCCUGCCUGGUUGCUGAACCACUGAACCAUCGGUUGCAUGUUAACCUCCGAUUUUGCCGUCGUAGCAAGUGAACGUCACAGCGAGGCACGAGUGGUUGUGCACCAAUGUGCUGUCCGGAUGCGAUAAGCACAAGUCAUCAUCCUUGCUUUUUGUUCUGGUCCGGUGCUGCUGCUGCUGCUGCAUUGAAAUUGCUGUGUUAUCUAGGUCGGCUCGUAGCGCAAAAGGAAGUGUAGUCGAUUGCAUCCACGCUGUACCAUGCUAACGAAAUCGCACUAGGAAAAGUUGUGUUUCAACCCCGAAACCGUGUACAGCCUCAACGAAAGCUUACACAACCACCAACCACCACGAGCAUUAACGCUUCAUUUGUCCUUCCACUGUGAUUGUGGAGUCUCUGUGGUGCAAGCCGUGCACGGGAGGCAUGCAAGACUAAUACAGCGAGCAGAAGGAGUGCACACUUUGUGUCCUUGUGUGUGUGUGUGAUAAAGACGGUUCCGAACCCCCCUCCGGAUUGUUGUUGUUGUUCACGCGUUACCCCCCCGCGCGCUGUGCUCUUUCACCGUCGUACCAGGUACGUACAGUAAGCGGCCGGGAGCUUGCCUUAACUGAAUCCCGCAACCUGCAAUCGCCGAUUGGCCGAUUGCCAUCUGCUCCGUCAAAAUACGAUACAAACGAGGCAUCAUGUUUUGGGACUCGCUCAGUAUGCAGUCCGAUAUCGACGCACUGCUUAGCAAAGAGGGUGUAACCCUUGCCGAGGUGCUGGACUACGAAAACGUUCUACAAGAAUGUAAAAGCCAGAAUCCCAAGCUGAUACAAUACUUAAAUCGCACCGAAAACUUCGAUGCGCUGAUCGAUCUCAUCAUACAGGAGCCGGCCGCCGAUUUGGACGACAAUAUACGCUUCAUGCAUUCCAACAUGGCGUGCGAAAUACUGACCAGCGAUGUGCCGUCCUUCAAAACGCACCUCGUCGAGAACCAGAACUUCCUGAACAAGCUGUACAGCUUCCUGCUGAAGGAGCCGCCGCUCAACCCGCUGCUGACCUCGUUCUUCUGCAAAACGUUCGGCAUGCUGAUCGCGAAGCAGAACGAGCAGGACUACUUCUCCUACAAAUCUGUGUGCCUGCAAGUAUUAGAGUUUAUCAAGUCGAAGAAAGGUUUCCUGCCGUCGAUGCUGAAGCACUUUGGCAACCAGGUCGUGAGCGAUCUGCUGCUGUCCCACAUCACCGACAUCGAGGAUGCCGAGCUCAAGUCCGAACUGUUGGAGUGGCUGAACGAGCAGAAGCUGGUGGCCGAAAUCAUUGCCUUACUCAAGCAGCCGGGCCAGGACCAGAAGCAUUACAAUGCUUCCCAGUUCCUCAUCGAGCUCAUCAAGAUCAGCCGGUGUAAGCGCCAGAACGAGCAGCAGGACAAAGUUACCUCGGACCCGAUUCUAGACACGCUGGAAAGUGAAGAAACAACGAAACAGCUGCUCGACAUCAUCCUCGAAGCAAAUGGCGAAGAAAGUGCAAUCAUUGCCGGAAUUCAAAUCAUCCUAAGACUGCUAGAAAACACGAUAAUCCAAGAACCGGUCUCGGAUACGGCACUGCAAAUUGUGAUCGAUGCGGAGAAGGAGCACCACGACCUACUCGUGGCGCGUCUGGUCAGCGUUAUCAAGCUGCGCGUUGCCGAUCUUGUCGCGAUCCUCAAGAACCCGCCUGCGAAACCGGACAUAGUUACCACCUUCGGCACACUGUCACCACCGCUGGGCAACGUGAGACUUCAGAUUUGCUAUCUAUUUACAGUAUUAAUAGAGACGGAAAACAAAGAACUUAUUGCCGCGAUUUGUGAAACGGACUAUUUCGACACCUUGCUCAACCUCUUCGAGCAAUACAUUUGGAACAACUUCCUUCACGGGCGUGUCAAAGUUUGCAUCAACUAUGCCGUCGCGUCGUUCGACCAGGGCGACGGCAGCAGCGGCGAGGGAGAUAACAAGCUCGCUAUCUCGAGCCUGCAGCGAUAUAUCAUAACGGAUUUUCAGCUGGCGCCGAAACUGUUGAAACUAUUUGUAGAUGCCGUAACACCCAACGAAAGCUUGUGCGUUAAACAAUUAGGGUAUACUGGCCAUCUCAUCGAGAUGUGCGAUACGCUUAUGACCUCCAUAAACCUCUCGAAGGAAUUCCGCGGUAUGGUACACGCGACGCUUACGGAUGAGGAGCAGAUGUCGAAUUGGGCUUGCUAUAUGGAAUCCGAGAAUAGUCAGUUGUUAAAUCACCUAGGCAUGCAGAAGAAGUUUUUGGCUGGUCAGGAUCCCUAUCGUAUCUGCUCACUAGAGCGAGAACCGCUCGGCGAGAUGAUGCCGUGCGAUACUCCGCCAAGCAAGGUGGAAAUGGACCAGCUGCUGGAAUGCAUCAACUUUGCGUUCAACAGCUUUGACUUCGCGGAAGAGCUAAAGGCAUCGGAGGGCACCUCGGACCGGUGGGACGAUUUUGGCGACUCGGCCGCCCAGAUCCUGACCCUGCCUAACAGCCGGCACCCCACCAACCUGGACAGCCUUGCCGGGGACGAUCCGUUCGGCAUGCAGAGCGCCAUGUUCGGCGAGCGGGCAAAGGCGCACGAGCACGACGACGAUGGCGACGAUGGCGAAGAUGGCGAUCCGUUUGCACCGUUACAGUCGGCGCCUGGUGGUGGUGGGCAGAACAACGACGAUGACGACCACCACGCCUCCAAAGAUAUGCUGCUGGGCGACGACGGUUUGCUUGGCCAGAAGUCGGACUUUGAUUUCGGUGCGCUGGCAUCGUCCGGGCUGGUCGACAGCGAGAGCAACAGUGACGUGCCGCUGACCGGUGGCAUGAAUCACAACAUUUUGAAGUUUCUGCAGGCGGUCAACGAAACGGGCCCACCGUCGGCGGCCCUGCUCGAGGACAACUUUGCCGAUUUCGAGUCAGCGCUCGGUGCGGUGGGCAAUUCCGCCGCCGCCAGCAGCGAUCCAUCCUUCGGUGGCCUUUCCCUGUCUGGGGCGACGUCCGGCGACGGUACGCUGCAGUACGAACCGGCCGGCGCUGCUGCAGCGUUCGAUGCGGCCAGUGCACUUUUCGAUUUCGAAAAUGCGGACAUCUUUAACGCGAACUCGAUACCGCCAACCGUGGACCAAGCCACGCCCAGUGGGGGAGAGGUCGGCAAAGUGCCCGAAAGCGUACAGCAGGACACAUUCCUGGAGGCGGUAGAAAAAUCAACCGAUGCAAAGGAUGCACAGGGAGUGAGUGACAGCAACGUGAAUGAUAAAAUUGUCGAUAGCACACAAACAGUAGCCGAUGUACCGACCGCUGUACCUUCCGAGAACGAACCCAUGGCAGCCGCGGACAGUGCCGUCGAACGAAAGGAAGCUGGUGGUAGCACAGAGGAGAAAGCAGCUAGUCCAGCCACUUGCACCGACGUCGAAAAGUCCGAAGCGGCAAAUGGAGAUGAAAGCACUAACAGCAGCAGCAGCAGCAUGACCCCGAAAGAGGAGGCAAGCAACAGUGCUGCAAGCUCCUCGACCGCAACUGCAGCAGCAGCGCCUGCACCAGCAACAGUGCCAGAAUCCGCACCAGCAUCGGUAGACGAGACUGCCGCCAGCACAGCAGCACCCACCGUUGAGGCGACAGCAGCUACCAGCGACAGCAGCUCCGCGGCCGAUGCGAGCGAUACAAGCGGCUCACCGGAUAAUUGAGGGUGUCCGCCGCCGUGUCGUUGCCAACGGGAUCCCCCACCAUCGCCACACCGACGCCAAACGCACGCGCACCAGACCGAAACGGCCGCCCAGCCAAAGCAGCGUCAUCGACGCCGCCGUCAGAGACGGCGACAACCUGUACAGCAUGCUGCCGCUGCACCGAACCUAAACGGUACUACUACUACCGUGCACUGCUAAUCCACAUAAUCACAGCGACACACACACACACACUGGGGAAGAUCCGAGCACGACGACGAUAUGUGUGCGUGUAUGUGUAUGUGUGUGUGUGCGCGCACGUGUUUGUUUGCACAUCGACGAGUUGCAUCUCUUUCCCGGUAGAUGAGAGGAGAAAAAUGCGCGAUUUGGGAGGUUUGUUUAUAUGGUAUAAGAGCUUAUAUGAUAAUCAUGUGUGUUUUAAAGUAUCACAUGCAUCCAGGAGACAGUAAUUUGUGCGAGGGCGACCAUACACGAGUUAGACAAGCAAAGCCUAGAGCAUAUUGACGCGCAUUGCGUGUCUCACACAGCAAUUGCAAAGCGGUUUGCAAUUUUUGCAGCAAAAGCAUUUCGAGGAAAAGCGGGAGAAAGAAACAGAUAAUCAGAUGUUGUUCUACACAAGAAUUUAGCAAUCUUACUACUUUCAGGUUUUUUUUUUUUUGUUUGUUUGGUUGGAAGCUUCCGCCAUCUCAAACUUUAAAUAAUGAAGUGUUUUCUAUAUAGGUUAUUUUUCAGUAGUUUUGGAAAUGUUUUACGUUCCGUGAUCAUCAGUCAUGCCUUAAGUAAAUGUGAUCCAUUAUAUGGUACCGUAAUAGUAAACUGAGAAGAAAAGAAACUAAAAAAAACACACCCAAAACUCUAAACGUUACCUCACGUUAGUGCAACAUGCUCUUUUGCCCUCGCUUCGGUAGAAAAGAAAAAAAAAACCCCUCAGCGUACAAGCCCCAUGCGUGGACGGAUCAACGGUUCCCACAUCGCCCCACGCACUGAACACGACCACAACGACUUGCCGUAGUUCUUGCCACGUGCUGCCGCAGUAACGCGCGCGCACCAUUUUUGCAAAUUCAAGCACAUACACACACACACACACACACACACACACACACACACAUACACACACACACACACACACACAUACACACUACUCGCCUAAGAAGUAGCUCCUAUUUUGCCACCGUAAUGAAAAUGAUGAUAACCACCUCUGUGUGUGUGCGUGUGUGUGUUUCACUGAAGAAACUCGAGCAAUAAUUAGUUCAAAGAAGGAAACAAAAAGUGAGCUUAUAAACCGAUUGAUUUGUGUAAGACGUUUGAUUACAUCGAGACAUACCCCCCCCCCUCACACACACAAACACACACCCAUACUAGCUUACCUACUAGCUUACAGCAUAAUGUAUGUUGACAGGGGAGAGAGAGAGAGAAAAAACAACAACCUAAUACGACAAUUUAAGUGCUGCAGAGCACACACAGACAGCACAGACAGGGUGACGCACAAAUAUAUAUUUUACACGUUUCACACGGUGUUCGUAAGAAGGCAAUGGCGCAAAACCACGUACACUCUGCUGCUGCUGUACUUCCAGAAGCAAAUGCUGAUCUUAAUUCAAUCCCCCCGUAGGUGGCAGGCGAGGAGUAGAAAGCGCGAGCCAAGAGGGAACGGUGCGCCAGGACAUACAUUUGUAGUAAAAGCUCCUCCGGCAAGGGAGCGUGGCCGAAAAGUCGAUUAAUACUGUGACACGGUUAGCAUAAAAAAGUUAUCAAAUUGUGCUGUGAAACUAUAGUAAAAAUUUGCUUUUCAACUAAUUCAUAUGGACUGGGUCUAGUAGUAGGGCGUGCGAGGAAAAGGUGGCAAGGAAUUACUCAUACAUACACACACAAAAAACCCAAAAAAAAUAACAGCUUAUUGUUUUGAAUUGCGAUUGCAAUUUGAAAAAAAACACUUUUGAUAAUGACGAAACGGUUACGAUCGGGACACACGUUUUAAAUUCAAGCAGGUGUAGUGUAGUGUUUGGUAAUUCGGUAAAUUAAAUUGAAAUCAUACGGAACAUAAACAAACUUCGCAUCAAUUCAUCGACCGACCUGCCCACCCCUGCAUUGUUUGAGUUAGUUCGUCGAUAGAAUGCCUUGUUUGUCUGCUACGGUUUGCGUCGGUUCGGUGGUGGUGUAGUGAGGGUGUACCGAUAACGAUGGCUCAACGCGUGUAUGUUAGUAGCAGCGGUAACAAAAAGAAGAGAAAAAGAGAGAGAAAGCAAUCAAAAAAACAAUGUACGCAAACCAAAACUAAAACUAUUGAUGUCAUAUCAACACACAAACAAAAAAGGGAAAACUAACAAACGAUAGUUACUCAAGGAUGUAACAUAUUAUUGUAAGUAAGGUAUAGGGACUGGGGAAAGAAAGUAGAGCAACCCCCCUCCCACAUGUAGUAAUAGCUUGAACGCGUGUGUGUUUUUUAAGGUAUGGGAAACACACCAGUAACAUGUCUUAUUAGCAAAGAAUGGGUCUAAAAAUCAAAUGGUUUUCAGCAACAGGGAAUGCUUUUUUUCGUUGCCUCUCUUGUUGGUUUUCCUUUUGUCGCAAAUCAUAAAGCGCGUACCCGUAAAAAGGAUAAAAGAAAAAGCUGUAAACAAAACAACUUUCGCGUUCGGGAAAGUUCUUUAUUGUGCUUAAUUGAAUGGCACACACACACGCACAGACGCAGGUGAUCAUUUAAGAAAACACUUGCAAGUAAUUACAUACCACACACUACUGUUCCCUUCCCCAUACCGUCGUGUGGGGUGUGGUGUAGGUAGUCCGUCGCCCAUAUCAUUAUGCUCAUUAUGGUCGAUAGUCGUUACCGUACCAUGCAUACAAUAGCAAGCGACAAUAAUAAGUGCUGCUGCAUGCUCUGCGUCUGGCAGAUUGGCUGUCCUGUUUUCUGCUUUUGCGCCAUUUUCCCGUACAAUCUGCCCACCCCACGAUGGAGCUUUGUUGACCCUUUUGUUGUAGCAAAACAACAGUCUGUUAAGUUUGAUUAUGUUUUCUGUUCGUUGUACGUAUCGGAUAAAUCAAAGGAAGCAAACAAUUGCACUAAAACUAAAUGUAAAAAAAAACCCCUGCUGCUGCUGCUGCUACUACUACUCUACUACUCUAGACGCUCACACACACAGUAAGAUGCAAGCGGAACGCGCUUUAAUCGUACACGUCCAUGAUUCGGGUUGCGGCUUGGUUUUAGCAGUAGCCACGUUUAGCCACGCAUUUCCAACGAAGGUAGGCGCAUUAUAGCAAUACAAAACGGAGUAUGUGCGACUGUACGUUGGGUUGUCCAGUUUGCGCGGCGCAAAAGAUUGAGUUGAGAUUGAGUUUAGAGGGAAAGGAAAGAAGCAAAACAUAGCAAUUCGAACGUUUUGGAUCUGUCUUUCAUUUUCGCUAAAACUAAAGCAAGCAACGGUUAGAAACGGAAAGCACGGGAAGAAGAUAUCAACCGCGAAACGAACUAUAGAACUAAAUUCGUCCAAUCAUAUAGAGAUUUUACAACAUUAUUAUUACUAGUACUUCAAUUGUUGCAAAUGUAUCGUAGCCACGAUCCCCGAGAAGGCCACCACCAUUCUCGCAUAUCCUCCCCAUAAUCCCCACUUUCCAGCACGGGGAAAGAGAAGCAGCAGAAUGCAGUAGUGUGCGGCCCAUUUGAUGGUGGCUAAACCGGUACCGGUAGAGUGGUAGUGCGUGUUCAUGAUUUUUACCCUUCAUUUGUCAAACCAAGUGCCCCGAUUGCGAAGCAAAGGAAAGUGAAACCAAAAUGGUAGCUACUAUCAAUUAACGAGAACCGCAAAAAAAAUAAGCAAAAAAAAAGGAGGAAAAUUAUGUGAACUGCGAGUGUCACACAAAUGGCUGGUAUAAUAGUGUAAAUUGUAACAGGCUCCUUUAGCUCUAGUUGUAGCUCGCCCAAGAUCGGCCCACCCCCGGAAUAUAUAAAAGUAAUUAAUGGUGUUAAUAGAAAGAACUACUUGGCCUCCUCUGGUGUGUAUGUGUGUGUGUCUGUGUGCGUAAAAGAAGCAAAAGCAAGUAAAUGAACAAGGAAAAAGUACAUAUAUACACUUAUAUACAGAUAUAUACUAAAGUGAACUAUUGAUAUUUACAUUAUGAAAAAUGGAGGAGUAAAAGAAGAAGCAAACAGUACUGGGUCUUCCGAGGGAACAUCAUUUCACACACACACACAAACGUCUGUGUCUUUUAAGCUGGUAUAACAUAAACACACUUAAAAACAAAAACAAAAGGAAACAAUUGUUGCAAGACGUACAGUUUAACCGUAGAGUGAGUGCACGUGUACGGACGGACACCGCUUUCGAACGGGUUUGAGAAUGCACGCAAUAAUACGCUAUUACUCCCUUUUCAAUUCUCUCCGUGGUGGUACCGUGUAUUAUAUAGAUGUCUUAGACUGUGUCAGUGUGUGGAUGGUGCUCGCGCGUGUGUGUGUGUGUGUGUGUGUGUGUGUGUGUAUAGAUAAGAUUAAGCAAAUUCCAAGUCGCGAAAAUAUCUCAUUCCUAACUGGCGGCAUUUGGAGUUGGUAGCUGCUGCUGCAUGGACACAAUUUUGCUGACGCAAAGGAGGACCAAACACGUGCUUGUUUUGAUUUUCCCUGUAUGCUACUAGCACCACCACCGCCACAAUCACUACUACUACUACUACUACUAUUACUACUUUUGACUGCAGUAACAGCAGCACACCAGUUUUGCAGACAAAAACACACCAAACACACAUUCUCACGAACCAAACGUACAAAACUUGGGGACAAAACCAUACAUUCACACUUGCCCACAUUCACGAACGACACAUUCAGGAAGGCAUUGCACCGAAACGCGGACACUAAUUGUAUAUGCUUUCAACUUAGUGCUAGAAUGUACUAAGCGUAUCAUAUCGAUGAGAAUAUAACCACAUACACACACACACACGCUAACACCCACCCAUCCACACUCGCACAAACACCUCAACCGAGGAAGAAACUGAAAAUUCAACGAGAAAAUGCCAAUGAAGAAACAAAACAAACAAAAACAUGCCACCAGUUUAGACGCUUUAGAUGUGCAACCCACGGAAUUCUAUUGCACUUGUUGGUGCGGCGGCGGCGACGACUGCGGCAAUGUUGGAGCGCAUUUGUAUCUUUCUCUACCCUGUGCCAGUAACGUACUGAAAACGUGCAAUUUUGUCUUAUGCUGUCUAUCUUCUAUCGCUCUCGACUACUGUUGUAGUGUAUAUCUCGCCAACUUCACACACCGUUUGGCCACCAACCAUGGGUUUGUUGAAUGCAUUUGCUAGCCCACUCAUUACCCUUUCUCAGCCAACACAGAACAAAUUGCUCAAAGUAUGUGUGUGCGUGUGCAAUUUUGUCUCGUUUUUUUUUGAACACGAGUUUCAGCCGCGUUUCACGGUGCUUUCCCUCCAAAAACAGGGUUGAAGAAAAGUGCUAAAGCCUAGUUGUGUGAGUGUAAAGAAUGCGUUAGAUAUACUGUUAUAGUGAAAGAAAGAAAAAAACAGCGGAAUAGAAAGUGUGUGUUUUGUGUGUGUAUAUGCUAAAAGAAGACAAACAAAAGGAUAGUGAAUAUGUAAAGUGAAGGAAAGAAAAACCAAAACAACGCGGUGUUGCAAUCGGGAUUGCAGAAGGAAAAAUAUGAAAAGAGCUUUUUUGUUUUGUUUGGGAAAUGACUAGAAGGCAAGCGUUGAAACACGUUGAAAACUGUGCUAAAACAAGCCUUAUACCAAAAUGCUUACCCAUUUAUUUCUCUAUUGUGUUUGUUCGACAAAGAACGCAAAAGAAAAGUCUUACUUCAUACUCGCAAUUCUACGUUUGCGAAUAAAACAAAACCCAACGAGACUUGUAAAAAAAAUACAAAAAAAAACAUUGGCAAACAGAAGCAAAGCAGAAUGCAAACCUCGAAAAAGAGUUUCUUUUUGGUAGCGCACAACGUAACACAUAACAUAAUUCAUCAAUGCACGAAAGUGAUCGAAAACGUAUCGUAAUAAUAAAAAAAUAGAGAAACAGAGAAGAUAAGAAAAAACACGAAAAAACAUAAGCAACAAAACACACACACACACACACACACACACACACCUAAAGUUACUGGAAAAUAAUAGCAAACGAAGAGAAGCAAUAUUUGCAAUCUGAACAAUGAAGAUAAAAAAUAGUAAAAAGUAAUACUACUAGACAGAAUGAUAAGCGAAACAUAUUAGCAAAGGAUAGGUGGAAGAACAGAAAGCGCGAAAGUGAGGGUGAAUAUAGAAAAAUAAAAUAUUACACCGAAGAAAGAAAAUGCAAAAAUAAAACAAAAAAAGAAGAAACAAAAAGAAACUUAACUUACACACCAUUUUACACUCAAGAAGGAAACUCCCGAUGAAAACUGAAACCAACCAAGAGACAAUGAUUAAAACAAGCAAAGUAGAUAAAAAAACAAACAAGUAAACGUAAACACAGACACACUCUCACACCCAUACCGAUAAAAGAAAAGACAAUGAAACAAUGUAUGAUAAAAGAGAAACGCAAAGUAAGAAGCAGAAGAAACGAGGACUCGAAAUCAUUUUCUGUUUUGAUAGAAGAGAGCGAACACUCAGAAGAGAGAGCAAGCAAUAGAAAGAGGGGGAAAAAACAUGUGUUUAGAAAAUCAUAAUUGUGCUCAUUGGAUGAUGCGUUUUCCUCCCAAAUACCCACGGGUGCCUGUUGCAGAGAGAGACAGAGAGAGAGGGAGAAAGAGAUAGAGAGCGUAAUUUGCGUAAGGGGAGCGAAAGAAUGAAUUAGAGCAAGCGAGAUGGAGAAGUGUUGUGGAUGUGUGGAAGUAAAAAACCAGAAAAAAGGAAUCUGUGGUGGUACCGGUGCCUCUUUGUUGUGUAGAACCGCUGGAGGAAUUAGAGUGGGAGUGUUUUCCUUCAUUUCUUUUUUUAUAUAAAUAUAAUAAACAGACUUUGGUAACACAAGAA